GAGGUGUCGCCGUUUCUCUCCUCCCCCCCUCUCUCUCUCUCUCUCUCUCUCUCUCAUUGUUCUCGUCCGCUGUUCGUUGUUGUGUCAUCUGUGCACAAAUUUAUCACCUCCAGCGGCGUGUCAAUCCCGCUGUUUGUCGAUCUACUGCCAUGACCGAGACCGAGACCGAGACCGAGAAUUUCAGUUCGAAUUUGCAUCUGCCGAUCUGGCCACAGGGAAACCCUCCUCCCCUGAAUCUCUUGAGCAAACUGGUAAACGAUCUCCUCAUAGAGAUUCUGAUUCGCCUCCCCAACCCUAGAUCCUCGUGUCAAUGCAAAGCCGUGUGCAAGCUCUGGAGAUCCCUCAUCACGGAUCCCAGCUUCAGUCUUCGUUUUAUUUCUCAUCACCAGAGUAGGUACCAACCAGCAGCUGUGUUUCUUCCCUCACACAAACCCCAGUCGAUACUCAGCUUUCUCCCCAUGCCUGAUGAAGCUCGACCGGAUUUGAGAGCCUUCGAUUGCUUCAAGGACUUGCUUUUGUGCGGGUUUGCUGACCUAUUUGGCGAAUUGGGUAGAUCAUACUUGGUCUGCAAUCCAUUUACCAAGCAAUGGAUUGCCCUGCCUUUGGCGCCUGAAAAGCCAAAAGGAGGGCAUUUUGGAUCUGCGGUGGUGUUAGUUUGUCAACCCCGUACUAGUAGUAGUAGUAAAUAUAAUCGCUUGCAGCAGCUAGGAGUUGAACCAGAACCAGAACCAGAACCAGCCUUUGUUUAUUCUGAGUAUCGUUUCCGCGUGGUGUGUCUUUUCCAAUGUGGCGAUUAUAUGAUGCUGCAGGUGUUUUGUUCCGAGUCCAGGAAAUGGACCAAGUUUUUUUUCAAGGAUUCCGUGAAGAGGCCGGGGACCAAUGUAGCCUGGUGGAACGGGAGGCUGUUUUUGGUGCAUCUUCAAUUCACUUCCUUGUGCUCAAGGCUUGCUGCAUAUGAUCCUUUCCACCUUGAUAUGCGCCCCUACUGACUACUGUCUGCGUGUACCCCCUGAAUUGUGGAGCGCAAUGCGCAAGGCUGGAAAUUUUUCAGUAUCACGAGGUGCUUUUCACAUAGUUGUAUUAGAAGUUGAAAGUGAAAGUGAUUUUUCAAGGAAUGCAUUGACUGUUUGGAGACUGGAAAAAGAUUCUGGGAAUUGGAGCCAACAAUAUAAAUUGGUGUUGAAGACGACGACGACGACCACUUCGUCUUCAUUAUUAUGGGGUGACUUCGAACUCGAAAAGUGUCGUGUGCUUGAUUUGCAUCCGGAGAAGCCAGAAAUUGUCUUCUUUAAAUACUUGAAUGAGUGUGUCUUCUCCUGCAAUUUGAGGACAGGGACAGGAGAGCCAGAGUUCUUCUCCGCAGUAGAACUAAAGUGCUAUGAACCUGGUUGGAGGGCAUUGCAGCCUAGAGUCUCUUGCUGGCCCACUCCUAUUCCAAGGUAUGAGGACUUGCGAGGUAUGUAUGAUGGAAGCUACGAUUGCUGGGUUCAGAACAGCAGUACAACAACACUUUCCUCAACCAUUGGUAAUUACUUGGAGUUUACCUUUUCUCUAAGCCUCUGUUUGUUUUCUGCCAUUACGUCUAUAGUCUUGUUUCUAAUUGCUUUAGAAUUUUGUUUUGUUUGGAAACUCUCAUGCUAAACUUAACCCCCUGAGUGAAGCUAGCCAUGCAUGUUAUGAUGCGUGCCCUGUUGUUCUCUCGAUUUCUUUUUGUAAUAAUUUGUAUCCCAACUCAUUUAUGUUGUGGGUUUGUUUGUUGAACUAACAGAAGAGUGCCAACCCUUGGUUGAACAAUUUGGUCGUAAGAGGAAGGACAACAUAUCAGCAGCAGCAUUACACUCCAAGUGUUGCGUUCAAAGGAAGCAGGAGGUGGUGAAAGGUGGCUUGGAUGCCCUUAGAGUGUAAACUAAAAUUAUCUCAACUUCGUGAACAAAAAUCCUCGUUUACUUCGGGUGACAACUUUUGGACUGGGUUGCAUCCCACCUUUCCUGGUCAUGUUCGUUGCAUGUUUUCAUAGAUUCACAGUAAAAGAACAUGAGAUAUCAGAUAGCAAAAUGUAACUUAAGGGUUGGUUUGCUUCGUGGAUUUAAAAUAUGAAGGUUUAGGUUAAAGUCUGGGUUUUAUAAAACCAUGGAUUUAUGAUGGAAUUGGUUCAUUUGGGUUUUGAAUAAGACCAUUGUUUGUUU